GCCACGGGCUACGAGCGCUCGUAAUUAUUUAGCGGCCUAACUGCCUUGUACACCAGCGGGCUGGAAUCACCUGUGGUGCUUCUUUCUAGGCACAGAAACCUUCGAAAUACCACGCGUAUGUAAGGUGUAGUUAGAGCAUCAAGUGGUAUCCCAGUCGACACAACCCUUAACAAAGAUACACCACGAAAGCUGAACAGGCUUGCUGCAAUGGCUACAGCUCGGAGGCCCUACACGCAAAUUAUCGACGGCGUAGCGCGCAGCCCCUGGGUGGACCCGGAGGUGUUUCGGAGAAGCGCCUCGUUCCGAGCCUCCAGAGGAGAUCUCGUGCAGAGCUCGUACCCGAAGAGUGGCACGCACUGGGUUCAGUACAUCACGCAGCUGAUCCUCAGGAAUGGCGAUCCGAUCGAUACGUACGAAGAGUUCACCAGCAACACCCGCAUCAUCGAGUACAUGGCGGACCGCGAGUGGACGCCAACGCUGCCAGUGCGAACGCUGCUGACGCAUCAGUCUCUCCACCGGGAAACCAUGAACGAUGAUGCUAAGUACGUUUACGUGGCUCGGAAUCCCUGGGACGUGUGCGUCUCUAUUUUCUAUAACAUGACCAACAUAAGCAUAUACCGCUUCCAGGACGGCACGUUCGAAGACAUUGUCGACCUUUUCUUACAAGGACAGCUUGGUUACGGCAGUUACUUUGAUCACGUCGCCUCGGGUUACGCCCUAAGGAACGAGCUGAACGUGUUCUUUCUCACGAAGAACUCAAGCGGGACACGCCGGGAACCAUUCUGA